AUAAACGCCGAGCCUGCACAAGAAGGGUCAAUAACUCCUCAACAAUGUCAAAGAGCAGCAGCUCACAGGUGAUAACAUGCAAAGCGGCAGUAUGCUGGGGAGUAGGGGAGCCAUUGAAGGUGGAAGAGAUACAGGUGGAGCCACCAAAGUUUUCUGAGAUUCGUGUGAAGGUGUUAUGUGCUAGUUUAUGCCAUACCGAUACCUUAUAUGCCAAAGGAUCCCUGAUUCCUCUGUUCCCUCGAGUCCUAGGCCAUGAAGGAGUUGGAGUGGUGGAAAGCAUAGGGGAAGGAGUAAGAGAUCUUAAAGAAGGAGACCUUGUGAUUCCAGCCUACCUUGGAGAGUGCCAAGAAUGUGAGAAUUGCAUGUCUGGGAAGACCAAUUUAUGCUUGAAGUACCCAUUAAUCCUCAAUGGGCUAAUGCCUGAUGGCACUUCAAGAAUGUCAAUUAAUGGACAAAAAUUGUAUCACCUAAUUACAUGUUCAACAUGGUCUGAAUACAUGGUGAUUGAUACCAAUUACGUUGUCAAGAUUGAUCCAAGCAUAGAUCUUCCUCAUGCAAGCUUCCUUUCAUGUGGGUUCUCAACUGGAUUUGGGUCAGCCUGGAGGGAAGCUAAUGUUGAGAAGGGAUCGAGUGUUGCUGUCAUUGGUCUAGGCGCUGUUGGAUUAGGGGCCAUAGAGGGAGCUAGAAUGCAAGGGGCGGCAAAAAUAAUCGGAAUAGACAAGAAUGAAAAGAAAAGAGAGAAAGGGCAAGCCUUUGGAAUGACUGAUUUUAUAAACCCAGAAGAAUACUUCAACAAACCUCUUUCAGAACUGAUAAAAGACAUAACAGGUGGAUUGGGUGUGGAUUACUGCUUUGAGUGCACCGGUGUCGGACCCUUGAUUAACGAAGCCCUCCUGGCAACCAAACCAGGGAAAGGAGAAACAUUUGUAGUUGGUGCUGGAACUGAUCUAACUGUGUCCAUCAACUUCCUACCUCUUUUAUGUGGUGGAACUUUGAAGGGUUCUCUUUUUGGAGGUCUCAAAAUUAAAUCCCAUCUCCCCAUUUUGCUUGACAAAUGCAAAAAUAAGGAAUUCAAUCUCGACGAACUUUUGACUCAUCAAGUUAUGUUGGAAGAUAUAAAUAAAGCUUUCCAACUUCUGGAGCAGCUAGACUGUGUCAAAGUCCUUAUCAAGAUGUGACUAAUUUAAUAUGAUAGACCCUAAAUGAAUUAAGUGUUUUAAAAAGAUGGAUGCAACUUGGACAUUUGUUUAUGCCAAGUAAGUACCAUAAGUCAUAAUAAAUACUUUAAAUGUUGUAUCACACUAUGAUUUCUAUGUUCAAUUAUUGGAGGAAAAAUGUAAUUUUGAUAUCAAGUUUUACUUGGGUUUAGUACCAUGUAUUAUGAUUACCCACUUCUAA